CUUGUUACUACCUGGCUCGAGUUUAAAUACUUGCGAAAUUGUGUUAAGAUCUGAGGACAUUACUUCAUGUGAGCUUUCCAUCGCGGGUUUUGUCGUUCUGAGUUGUUCUCUGUGAAAUAUCGCUGUGAUAACCAACUACUUUGGUAUUCGGUUUUUGGGGUUCGGGCGGGAUGAUUUUGAGCUAGAAAUAUAACUUAAGUUAUAUUUCUAGCUCAACAUCAUUAUUCAAUUGAAUAAUAGAUCUGUGUUCAUUACAAUCUUCUGGCUGAGAAAAUAACAAAAAUUCUCUUAUAUGAGGUAUCAAGUCUUUUUAAAUUCACGCAUAUAUGGGUGAACCCAAUUUGUAUGGCUUUAGAUCACAACAGGCUUACGAUCGUAAACUUGUAAUACGACUUUGAAGUCUUCUGUACUGAAAUAUUAGAAAGUGCAUCUUAACAUGAGGAAUAUUACGUUUCUCGUCCUAGUUAAACGUGACCUGUAUAAUGUGUCUUAGGAUCCAACCAAUGCAUACAAUAAGACCAACGUGCUAGAAGUAAAGAAAUCUUCAGGACAAGUUACCUGAAAGUUUCUGCAGACAGGAGACAUAGAUUAUCGAAUUUUCUGAAUUUAUCAUGAGAUCGCAAUAGGUUGUUGCGUUCUCGCCACUGCUGUGCAAUUUUUUGUGGAAAAUUGUCCUGGAAUUUUCAUCAAUGUACUCAUUAUGGUACUCAUCAUCACUACUCUGGUUUGCCUUCAUCGUCGACUUAUUAAUGUGCAGAUGUCAGAGUUAUCUGUUCAAAUAUAGUAAUAGGAUUUGUAAACACCUAGAUUUGAAUAGUCCACAAGUUUCUCACCUGUCAAUUAUGUUGCAAUAUUAAAGUAUUCCAAGGAAUUGUCUAUUUAAUGAAUAGGAAGUGAAGUGAUUAUCCUUUCUAAUCAUGUUUCUUAUGUUUACACCAACUGGUCCGCAAAACAAAUUUUCUGAGACAUUGAAUAUACAUUCAGCAUAUAUCAAACACCACCUAUGUCGCUAGUGUCCAGUUGCUUAUUGAUGGAUGUAUGAGUUCACCACACAAAACUUCACUGUAUGCUACUGUACACUUGUGACUGAAGGAUGCAAACAAAUUACGGGUGUUUGAUUACGUGUCUUUAAAAAAUUUGCCAUAUGAACUGAAGCAAGGAAAUAAGCACUUGAAUUUUAAUGUAAGGUUAGACUGAAUAAGUUCAGUCAAUGGGGUUGUAAAUAUGCCCCAAGCAAAUGGACUGAAUUACUUAUUUUACACGCCAAAUUGUCUACCAUGAAAGACCAUGUUGUAUAAACCAGGUUCCAGGCAAGUCGAGUAGGGGGCUGUGUGAUGAACUCAUAGAUAAACUGGUUUUUCUGCAGCCAACUCAUCAAUCGGGUUUAUUCAUCUUAUGCGUUUAUACAGUUUAAAUACAGGAAAGCCUAUUUAAUAUGUGCUGUGAGAAAUAUGUUCUACAGAAAUACAAUUAUACACAUAUAAGCCAUCAAUAUUCUCCAUGAUGAGUGGAUUACAGUCGAAUACUUUUGAUAAUAUCAUCCUUUUAUGUGAUUCAUACAAAGUGAGUCACUAUUCUCAGUAUCCUGCUGGUACAGAAUUCAUUUACUCAUAUUUUGAAAGCCGUGGUGGGAGAUUUCCCAAUUCUGUAUUUUUUGGAUUGCAGUAUAUUUUGAAGAAAAAUUUAGUUGGUCAAGUAAUAACACAUGAAAAAAUUGAUGAGGCGAAAUCCAUUUUACUGAGCCAUUUCGGUAGAGAUAUUUUCAAUGAAGAAGGAUGGAGAUACAUUGCUAAUCACCAUAAAGGUUAUUUACCAAUUAUUAUUAAGGCAGUACCUGAAGGUACGUUGGUGCCUACAAAAAAUGUCUUAAUGACUGUUGAAAAUACCGAUCCAAAAUGUUACUGGCUUACUACGUAUCUUGAGACUAUAUUAGUACAGGUUUGGUAUCCGAUGGCUGUAGCAACAAAUUCACGAGCAAUGAAACAAAUUAUUGUUAAGUAUCUUCAUGAAACUGCAGAUGAAUUUUCUACUGAAUUUAGACUUCAUGACUUUGGAUUCCGAGGCGUCUCCUCCAUUGAAUCUGCUGCAAUUGGUGGUACUGCACAUUUAGUGAAUUUCAAAGGGACUGAUAGUUUGGUUGCCUUGUUAUUCGCCAGAAGGUAUUAUAAUUGCCCGACAGCUGGAUUCAGUAUACCGGCCACAGAACACAGUGCAAUGACUGUAUGGGGUGAAGAGAAUGAAACAAAUGCAUAUUCGAAUUUACUCAAUUUGUAUCCUGAUGGGACGUUUGCCUGUGUGUCCGAUAGUUAUGAUAUAUGGAAUGCAUGCAGUAAUAUAUGGGGUGAGGCACUACGUGAUAAGGUUAUAAAUCGUAAUGGUACAGUUGUUAUACGACCGGAUUCAGGUGAUCCAGUUGUAAUUAUGCCAAAAGUAUUAGAUAUUUUAGGCAGCAAGUUUGGUUAUAAAAUUAAUUCUAAAGGUUACAAAGUUCUACCAUCGUGUAUACGAGUUAUACAAGGUGAUGGUGUUUCAUUAGAAUCAUUAGAUCCUAUUCUGAAUAGUAUCAAGACAGCUGGUUGGAGUGCUGAAAAUGUUAGUUUCGGAAGUGGUGGUGCAUUAUUACAACGUUUAAAUCGUGAUACACAGAAAUGUGCUUUCAAAUCAAGUUUUGCUAUAGUUAAUGGUCAUAAGAUUCAAGUAUCCAAACAUCCAAUUACUGAUCCACAAAAAAAUUCGAAAAAAGGUCGUUUAACAUUAGAAAAAUGUCCAAUAACUGGAAUACUUAUGACGGUAGAAGAAGGUUGUGGUAGUCCAUAUAAUGAUUUACUUAUCCCAGUUUAUGAAAAUGGAGUUUUAUUAAAAGAUUAUACACUGGAUGAAAUACGUGAACGAAUUGAAAAGUAUCCACUUGAAGAUUGACAUAUAUUUGUUUGUUUGUUUUCUUUUUUUUUUUAAAUUAAUAUCUCUUAGUAUUCAUUAUUGUUAUUCUUCUGAUUAUUGAUUACUUAUCAAUGAUUACGUAACAAAUUUAAAAUGAAUAGCAAUAUGAUUACUUUACUGCCCAGGUAUUUUCCCUUUUACUAAUCAAUUUGCACCAUUUCCCGGUACAGUUUUACCCCUUUCUAUUUCCUUUUUUUUUGUAAACAUAUGUAUGUAUGUAUGUAUGUAUGUAUGUAUGUAUGUAUGUGUGUGUGUGUGUGUGUAGAUGAGUAAAUCAAGAUAUUAUUAUUUUCUUGUUGAAACUAUUACAGAAUAUGUAUACAUACAAAUAUUCCAUUUGUAAUUGUUCUUUAAGUGAUUUCUUAUAAAUAAUCAAGUGAAAUACUGCUAAAUAUUAUCAUAAUAUCAGAAUUGUUUAAUGGAUACUAAUGGUUGAGAUCAUGAGACAUUUGAAGCUGGAAGCUUUCAGGUUUUCCCUGGUGGUCUAGCUUCAAUUGACACAUGAUUUCAACUAUUGAAAGUAUUAUAUAAUCAUUUCAUAAAGCACUUCAUUUUGUGCAUAUACAUAUAUAUAUAUGAUUAGAAAUAGAGUUUUUUUUAUAAUAUGAAAUAUCAUCUUAUUUAUUAGAUGAUAUUAAAUAAGUAGUAUAUGAUAGAUUUGAAUAAAAUUAUUCUUAUUAGUUGUUAACUCUCGAAAUGAAAUGUAACAAGUCUUUAAUGUUUGUCUUUUUCUUUGUUGCUUAUCAUCUUGAUUACCUAAUGAAAGGUGUAUUCCUAAUAAACAUUGAAACGAUAGAGUUUUCUUUUGUUUUCUUUUUGCUCAAUGAUUGAAAUCUUCUUGGAGUAUGAUUUAUUAUAUGGAGUUCCCAUUUUUGUUUUUUUUGUUUUUUGUUGUUGUUGUUGUUUUUCUAAUAGAAAAUUUAUUAUUUGUAUACUUGAUCCUUGUAUUUGAUAUUUCAUAUUUGCUAAUUAGUCUCCCCCUACCACCCUCUCUCCCUACGCGUCAACAUACAUACAUAUGUAUAUAUGCAUAAAAUAAUAGUAAAGUGAUGUAUAAAUGAAGGGGGAGGAGGAGGAAGAGGGGAAGGAGGCCAAUUUCCUUCUUCUUCUUCUUCUUCUUCUUCUGGUUUGUAUUCUGUUUGUUUGUUUGUUUUUUUCUAGAAAAAAAUUUCUUUAUUUUUUGAUGAACAGAGUAUGAAAACGAGAAAAUAAAAGAAAAUGAUUGUAAACAAGUUAUAUUUAUUUGUUUCUUUUCUUUUUUUCGAAAUUAAAUAAACUUCAUUAUUAGUGUUUAUAUUUCUAUGAAACUUUUCAUCAGUGAUAUAUGUAGAUGUACAAGAAACAUUAAAUGAAAUCAACCAUAUGCUAUUCCGAUUAUGACUUGAUGAGCUGAAUUGUUGUUCAGAAGAACAAUGAAAACUCCAUGACCAAAUCAUUCACGUCAGAGAACAAAACUCUAACAAAAUCAUUCACCUGAACUAUAAAUGUUCUUCACCAUCUUAAAAUACGUAAUAUUAUUUAGGGUAGUACACUUUUCCUACGUCAUGCUUUUUUUUAGGUGUUACAUUGUUUCAUUUUCUAUCGUUUUUAAAUGAGGAUUCUGAUUUCCCAGAAGAAAAAAAAAGAAAUUACCAAGGCUUACCAAGUUUGGUGAUUAGGAUGGGUGAUUUAACUUUAUGAUUGAAUUGUCCUAAUCUUUUUAAAAAUGAAUUAAAUUCCGGCACUUGUUGGAGAACUCUUAUCGAUUGGUAGCUAAUAUAAUAAAACAUAUAACCAAAGCCAAAUUUUAGGAAUUCAACAGGGAGGUCGAUUAUGAAUACAGUGGCCUUGAGUGCUGUUUGAGGUAUGAGAAAGGUUAUCACUUCUCGGUCGCCCACACCGUAGAAGGGUUCUUCUGGAGGUGCUUGAAAAGGAAAUUGUAUUAGAGGUGGUCUUCGUGACCUGAGACCGUGACCACAGUGCCCAAGAGACAACUGCUUGAGUUCGGUCACAAACGACCCGUUUGUGGGUAAUUCUGUGUUAGCUACGUAAUUAUUGAGACAUUACCGCCGGAGACGGAUAUCCGUGGGAUAAGGCGAGGUGUGCAUUUCUAGGGUCGACCAUUUAUGACCACACCCUUCCUUGUGAGAAGGCAUCAUCGCUAUCAUGCUGGUUGUCUGAAGGAAACAGCUUACUGUCGUCACACCUCUGUUUAGUCAGGAGUAUGAGUUCGCGUUCGGACCUUGAGUUUGUUUGCUUUUAGUCUUACCGCUAAUCAACCGACCUGUCUAACAUAGUAGGACCUUGAGGAACUUUUUUUCCAUUCAGCAUAGCUCAACUGGUUUAUCAUGAUAGGCAAGCCUGACCACCACGUUAAGGUAGCAACAACGGUCGAGGAAGCUAAGUUGGCUCAAUGUCUUGCAUCUUUAAAGGGGUUUGUCAUGUAUUAACGUACGUCCAGUUUUAGCAACCUUAGCAAAUUAUUUCGUUUAUUUAUUGAACAGAACCAGUGAAGCAAGUUUUUCAGUAGUGCAUCACUUUGUUUCAGAUUGUGCAUACUGAUAACAAAAAUCUAUUAAACAUUGAAACAGUGAGGUAGAGUAAACAAAGGUAUUUAUACGUUAUUUUUUUAUCAGGGAAACUAAUAGUAUUUCCAUUUUUAAGGAUUAGAAUAUUCAUCAUAAAGAUAGAUAGGGAAAUUAUAACUGAGAAAGUUUGGUUCAACAUGAUAAGAUAAAAUGUUCGAAUUAAGUUAAAAUGUAAUUAGGAGGAUCAUAGAAACGAAAAUAAACCAGUUGGGAAUAAAAGAUCUGUGGAAAAGAUAGAAGGGGGAACAAAUGGCAGUGAAGAAAGACAAUUGAGACAUUAAUACUAUGGUAGAUAAAGAGGUUGUACCGAUUUCUUUAGGACAUAUAAUUCUGGUUUUUCCAGAUGUAGAACUAUUUCUUUAACAAUGUUAAGAAGAUGCUAUAUAACAGCCUUUUUCAGCCUUCUACUUACCUUGUAGAUGACACCAUAUGUUCAUAGGGUGUUCGAUUAUCGAGCUUCUUGUUGAGCCGUUUCUGCCUCUUUUUAGCCAUGUCGGGUAGCCCAGAUAUUCAAGCAGGCGGCUUGGAAUUCCACACAGAACGACGUAUAUACCUGGCUCCACAUCAACAGGUAAAUUGAUGAAUUCAUAUAGAACUUGUCAGAUGAAACGAUUUAUCCUUAAGAUUAUUGAAUAACAUUGAUCGGCUGGAGAACACUAUUCGGUAAACGUUAUUUUUAGAGAAUCGUGAAUUCUCUUUAGGACGUCUAACUCUAUCACCUCUGAAAUCGACGUUUAUGUUAAGUGUUUUCCUUCCAAUCGAGAUUAUUUUUAAAUCCACUUGGUAUUGUUUACUUGAAUCUUCCCAUUGAUGUUUAGCACUUCAAUUGAUCAGUCUUUUAAAUAAAGGGAACCAAUUGCAUGAGAUCAGUCUUUUAUUGGCAUAUAUGUAUACUGUGCGUAUUGCCUCAAUAUAGCCUUAAUUCACAAGCGUUAUAAGCAAAGAUGGAUAUUGGCUAGCAUUUGAAUCCAGAACGCGCGUUUCGUCCCUUUUGAGGCUCGUCAGUCUGAUGUGCCUGCACCUCAGAGUUGAUGUUCACUCGAGGACUAUUUAUUUUGAUAAAUUCCCUUCAGGUCCUACAAUUUAUAUAUCCAAACGGGUAAUCAGAAAAAUGGUCAGGUUAAGGGCAAACUGCAUCAUUUAAAGUUAAAACAUAUGAAUUAAGGAUUGUCAAACAAAAUAGAAUAAAAUUGUUCAUGUUGAUUUAACUCGUUUAGAAUGUUAACUUGAAUCAGCUCAUAUGUUAAUUAACAAUUGUAACAUCCCAUGAUCCGAAUAAAUAUGGGUCAGAUAGGGUGAGAGAAAUAAUAGUGCAAUUACAAUUCGAUCAAAUGUUUUUAUAGAAUACUAUGUUGUGUAGGAAAUUGUUAUUUAAUGGUUCAAUUCAUGAGUCGUUUAAGAUAAGAUCACCACAGAAAACCUGGAAGUACUGGACGGUUGUUUUGUCCUGGUAUGGAACUCCUCAUCAGUUUGCAUUCCCGGUCUUUGACACGGAACUCAAACGCAGGAUCUUUGGUCUAGCGUACUUACUUACUUACUUACGCCUGUUACUCCUCGUGAAGGAGCAUAGGCCGCUCACCAGCGUUCUCCAUCCAACCCUGUCCUGGGCAAUCCUUUCUAGCUCCGUCCAGUUGUAAUUCAUCGUUUUCAUAUCUGCUUCUAUUAUCCGACGCAAUGUGUUCUUUGGCCUUCCUCUUUUUCGCUUCCCCUCAGGAUCCCAAGUUAGGGCUUGCCUCGUGAUGCAGUUUGACGAUUUGCGUAAUGUAUGUCCUAUCCAUUUCCAUCGUCUUUUCCUAAUUUCUUCUUCAGCUGGAAGUUGGUUUGUUCUCUCCUACAGAAGGCUGUUGCUGAUGGUAUCCGGCCAAUGGAUGUUGAGUAUCUUGCGUAGACAGCUAUUUAUAAAUACUUGUACUUUCUUGAUUGUGGUUGUUGUAGUUCUCCAAGUUUCAGCUCCAUACAGUAGAACUGCCUUGACGUUCGUAUUGAAGAUUCUUACUUUGAUAUUGGUUGAAAGUUGUU